AUGAGCAAUGGCAUCAAUACUGACGACAGCAACUUUUCAAGUGAUGAGGAGAGCGUCAACGACACCGAUGAAGAUAGCGACAACGACGCCGAUGAGGAAGUGCAUGGUUCUGGCGAUCAGACUAAGCUCUCCUGGUUCACAUCUUUUGUGGCAGAUGUUUUUCUGUACAUGAGCUGUUUGACCGAUCUCGGGACAGCUCUGGAGUUUCCAGCACUGCAUCAUGAGCAUGAUAUUGAGACUGAGCCGGCUGCACUCUAUGCAAACCAAGCGGUUACCGAGACGUGCGCACAAACAGGAGACAAGAGUGCCGAGUUCACAAUGAGUCCAUUGGACGAUAAAUUCAGGGAUUCAAGCCCAUCUUUCACUGAGGCUACUGCCAUGAUAAACGGACUAUCCAACCCCAUCGAUGCUGCAGAGCUGGAGAUUGCGGAAACUCAGCAAACCUCGGUGCAACCCGCCGUACCAGUGUCGAAAAAGUCUAACGACCUGCAGCCUAUGGUUCCCAAAUCGCUUAUCGACUACUCGUAUGAAGAGACAUUUGUUACAUUGGACACCAAUGGAUUCUUUACUGUACUGGAUCUCGAAGACGAAGACAGCCCGUGGGCUCUUUGGGCUCCUCUGUCUCGGCCCGCAACACCUGAAUUGUCAACAUCCAAUAACACACCUUCAACGCGGCAGUCUGAUUUUUCUGAGCUCGAGAGUCUCCAAGUAGACCUCGACGUUAUCUGUCGUGAUGACAGGUGGAUUUCUAGCAUCUAUAACGAUCAACCCCAAUUUGACUUCAACCCCGGUGGCAACCUGCAGACCUUUGGUAUCGCAACGCCUGUUAUGGAAUACGAAAAAUUCACCCUUGGCCCCUCAAGCUUGGAGGCUAUGGGGAAGAAGAUGGGUGGCGAUUUGGCUGACCCAGAGGGGCAUGAUGACUCUCCCGACCAUAACCUAGUACUGCCUCAUGAAGCCAUUCGUAACAAUGCUGACGUCGACAACACGUUCAAGUGCAAGGCAAAUGUUUGUCAAUACUCUGUCCAAGGUUUUUCCACACAAAUCGAGCUCAAUGCGCACAUUGGUAUGGCCCAUGCCGACAAUCCUCUCCAUGUUGCACGUGAGUCCAUGACAAGCUUGCUUGGGGUGGAUGAAAAGACAAGUGAGCCUGGUACUCAUGCGACUGCUUCGACACCAACUGCAAAGCUCGCAUCUGCUUCCACAAGCACGCACCUUCAACAGUAUUCCUCCGACUUCGCUCGUCCAACAUUUCCACCUUUCAACCCUGCCGAUCAGUACCCACCCUGCAACACUCUCUACGUCGGCAAUCUGCCCAUAGACGUAAGUGAAGACGAAUUGAAAGCUUUGUUUUCUAAACAACGUGGAUACAAAAGGCUCUGUUUCCGCACCAAGCAGAACGGCCCAAUGUGCUUUGUAGAAUUCGAAGACACGUCCUUGGCAACCAAGGCACUGACCGAACUCCAUGGCUGCAUUUUGAGAAACAGCACAGAGGGAGGCAUACGACUUUCGUACAGUAAGAGUCCACUGGGAUUGAGAUCAGGCUCUCACGCGAGUCUGACACCGAAGCAACUGGCCACAGAAAUGCUACCACGCGGCAUCCUUGCAAGCUAUAGUAUACCCCAUGGCACGGAAGUCACAAGCACUGAACAAUGGAGACAUGGAGGCAAGUCAGCUGUCGCGGUGGUCCACAAAGGCGGAUACCAGAAGCAUGAAGGUACAGACAGCAGCAGCAGAUACUAUAACUAG